ACUCACUCAGGAUCAGAUAGCAAGAAAACCAAUAGGCGGGGAGGUUGGGGGGGGGCGGGGGGACCUCGCACUGAGACACCGAGAGAGCGAGCGAGAGGAGCGCAGAGGGGCCAGGUCGCUGCCAAUAGCACGAGUCAGGGAGGGAUCCAGGCGUCCAACCCCGGCAGAGCGAACCGGGUCCACCCAAGAAACCCGUACUCUGAAACUCUGUCCAGGAUGGGUGCUCAGUGCAUCAGGAGAAGCCCCCUAAAGGGUGAAGGCUCUUAAGGGAGACGGGAGGCUCGGGGCCAGCUCUCCUCGCUUCUGGAUUAGCUAGGGUUUGGUGGGUGACUUUUUUUAACCCACAGAAUCCAAACAUUGAUUUAUUUAAAUCAACCUCUCCACCCCAAACUGGUCACCUAUAUUAUAUAUAUAUAUUUGGCUGGGGUUAGGGAGAGAAGAGGAGGCAGGAGGACGCCCCUGAUUGGGGUGGGGGUGGGUGGGGGGCUGGCUCUGCUCUUCAGCAUGGAGAGAUUGGAUUCGCACCUGAGCCGGAGAUGCAGCCCCAGUCCCGGCCCCAGCGGCAGCGGAGACAGCGGCAGCGGCAGCCGCGGGCGUGUUCCGGGGAAGAGGAGCGACUGGCUGGAUUCCCCGAGCAGCUAACUGGAGGGAGCGCCGGCGUCAGGAGACCGGGCUCCACGGGGGCUCCGGCCGCGGCGAGGUUCCUUCCUGCCUUUUAACACGUCUGAAACCAAGAGCAGUGCCCUGAGGGACAUCCCAAGAACAUCUCAGGUAAACCAGCAUCCAACGUCUAGAGAUUAGGCACUCUCCCCAACUUAUUGGACCUGAGCGCUGGCCACAUCUGUAAAACUUUGGACUUCUCUCAGAGAGGAGCGGGCCCCAGUGGGUUGUCAGGGACAGGGGGGAGUCCAAAGAUCCAAGGGAUCCCCCCGGCCCACAACGCCAGUUCCUCAGGGAUGACUGCAGGGAGGGUCAACCCUUAUAGUAUAGUAUCCUCCGAAGAAGACGGAUUGCAUCUAGCCACAAUGCCAGGAGCCAAUGGCUUUGGCAACGGCAAAAUCCACACACGCAGGAAAUGUCGUAACCGCUUUGUCAAAAAGAAUGGUCAGUGCAACAUUGAGUUUGCCAACAUGGACGACAAGUCUCAGAGGUACCUGGCUGACAUGUUCACAACCUGUGUGGAUAUCCGGUGGAGAUACAUGCUACUGAUUUUCUCUCUUGCCUUCCUGGUUUCGUGGUUGCUCUUUGGGGUAAUUUUCUGGGUCAUCGCUAUUGUGCAUGGGGACAUGGAGAAAUCCCCGGACGACAAAGACAAGCCAUGCAUUCAGCAGGUGCACGGCUUCAUGGCCGCCUUCUUGUUCUCCAUUGAGACACAGACGACCAUCGGCUACGGCCUCCGUUGUGUGACGGAGGAGUGCCCCAUCGCCGUGUUCAUGGUGGUGGUACAGUCCAUUGUUGGUUGUAUCAUAGACUCCUUCAUGAUAGGGGCCAUCAUGGCCAAGAUGGCCAGGCCCAAGAAACGGGCCCAGACCUUGCUCUUCAGCCAUAACGCGGUGGUAGCCAUGAGAGACGGGAAGCUUUGCCUUAUGUGGCGGGUGGGAAACCUGCGCAAGAGUCACAUUGUGGAGGCUCACGUCAGAGCUCAGCUGAUCAAGCCGAGGGUCACCGAAGAAGGGGAGUACAUCCCCCUCGACCAGAUCGACAUUGAUGUCGGCUUCGACAAAGGUCUAGACCGCAUCUUUUUGGUGUCCCCCAUUACCAUCCUCCACGAGAUCGAUGAGGAGAGCCCCCUGUUUGGGAUCAGCCGACAGGACUUGGAAACUGAUGACUUUGAGAUCGUGGUCAUCUUGGAAGGGAUGGUGGAGGCCACGGCCAUGACCACGCAGGCCAGGAGUUCCUACCUGGCCAACGAGAUCCUCUGGGGUCACCGCUUUGAGCCCGUCCUGUUUGAGGAGAAAAACCAAUAUAAAAUCGACUAUUCUCACUUUCACAAAACCUAUGAGGUCCCAUCCACGCCCCGUUGCAGUGCCAAGGACUUGGUAGAAAAUAAGUUUUUGCUCCCAAGCACCAACUCCUUUUGCUAUGAGAAUGAACUGGCUUUCAUGAGUCGGGAUGAAGAUGAGGAGGAGGAGGAUGACAGUCGAGGUCUGGAUGACCUGAGCCCUGAAAACAGACAUGAGUUUGAUAGACUUCAGGCCACAAUAGCUCUUGAUCAGAGAUCUUACAGAAGGGAGUCAGAAAUCUGAGCCUUGCCGGUUCAGUUCUUCCUCUUCUCUUUUCCCCUACAAUCCACCCAGGUUUAUGCAGAACAUUGUUAAGUGCCAUAGGGAUGGUUGAAGAUUUUAGUAGUGUCUUAGUAGUUUCACAUGUUUCAUCGCAAUAACCUUGAAAGGGUUGGCAGGGAGAGGGAUAAGAAGUCCCAAGCAGACCCCCUGAGGGUUCAGACUUCUGGCCAUCGCUGACCAGAGGGUCUUUCCCCGAGGUUCAGUCUGUGGGCUCAGCCCCCGGGGGCUGCACAGGGGUCUCAUUCAGCACCCGAGGCUUUUCCCUUGGAUGCCUUGUAAGACAGCAAAUAGCUCCUUGAAGUCAAAGGUCACAAAGAGUCUCAGUGUUGCAUAGCCUGAAACCUAAUCAGGUUAGAACAGACUGAGAAUUAAUCAGGCCAGGAGACACAGUUGAGCUUGCCUGGGGAUGGCAGCUGGGUAGGUGCAAUGCUGCACACUGGUUUUUAACUUAGGGGGGAGACAUCAGGUUUUUAAUUUUUCAACUUAGCGCUGGUGAGACUGUUUACAAAAAAAUACAUAUAUAUUAAAUUAAAAUAUAAUUCCAAAAAAGAACAUUUUUUAAUUAAAAAAAAAAAACACAAGAGAUCAGAACUUCCCUCCCCCACAGUGGAAUGGAACAUCCAAAGAAGGCCCCAGCAUCUGGCUGAAGGGGAUUAGGGAUACACUGGAAGACUUCCUGGGGCUAGAACUGUCUUUUCCCUUGAGCAAGCUCCAUCCAUCCCAGGGAAGUGGACACUAGUUCCCCACCUGUGGUGUCGGCAACAGCAAGCACAAUUAUCUACACCUUAGCUCAUGUUGCUCAUAAGGAAACUUAGAUUCCAUUUGUAAUAGAAAAGCAGAACCAUAUUAAUAAUAAUAAUAAAAAUCAAAAAGUAUGGUUUUGGGGGGGAGGGUUGGGGCAAGGGAAGGGAUUGGUCUAAAAUCUCUUUGCACCUUAGAGAUACAUUUUGGUGUGAAUCAUAUCCCACUUAAACCCAUCCCCCUGCAUGUGGUUUGAAGGCCACUGCUCAUUGUUUCCCUGAGCCUUUGGAAAUGUUAGGGAUUUGCAUUGUUGGAUUUUAGGUCUAUAAUUGUUUUCCUUUUUUCUUAACUCAACCACCCAACUGUCUGAACCCCAAGAAAUCCAUCUUACAUUUUGAGUUGAGCAAAAAGUAGGUUAUUGCUUAUUCUAUCUUGGUCUCCUGAGACAGUGUGGCAUAUAUAAUUGGAGGAAUCCUAGAUAAGGAGUCUAUAGACCUCUUACACUUAUCAGGUAAAUCACUUAAUCUCCUGAGCCAAGAUCUCCUCAGUCUACAGAGUGGACUAGAUUGGAUUAUCUUUCUUGGUCUCACCUAAUUCUAAAAUCCUAUGAUCUUUCUUCCACAAUUGGCAACUUGGGGAUUUAUGAAUUGCCAUCUUGGAUAAUCAUGCCAUGUAUGGAGGUGUGUCUGUCAAGUUCCCAAAUAGCAAAAGGAAAACCAGGGAAGAAACUGACAAAAUGAAAACAAAAAUAAAAACAAAAAACAAAUCCCACUGUUCUGAGUCAAACCAUCUUCACUCUCCAGGCACUUUGAAAUAGGUCGUGCCUUAGAGACACAAAAUUGCCCAGCAAAAGUUUCUUUUUACCUAAUCAUGAUUCACACUUUUUAAAAUAUUCCAUGAUGCACCUCCUAAAAAAAUCUCAUUUUUUCCCCUCUGCCAUUCUUUAUGUAUCCCACCUUCUUGGCUGUGACUGUGGCCCUGAGAAAUCAGUAAAGCCACAUGCAUAAAAAUACAUAAAAUACACAAAUACAUAAAAACAAAUUGCCUUUCCCCCACUUGGAGGAGGUUCGUUGAAGAGACCAAUCCAGGUGUCCAGCGUGAUAUUGGAGAUCUGUCAUCCUAUCCUCUCUCUAUCCCAGAAUUCUGGUAGUUUUAGAGAAAAAACAGAGAAAAGGUGUACUACUUUCUGCCCUUCCCCUGGAUGUCCUAAAAGAGGCCUGUCCAAUAUCAUCCAUCACUUAAGUGGAAAGGAACAGAAUUUAGGAAGAGUUUGCCUUAUCAUCCCUAACCAAUCUAAAUCAGGAAGUGUCAUCCAGGGCCAGCCAGAAGUAGCAUACAACCUGGCUCAAAAGAAAGAGAGAUGGAUUUGGAGUCUGGGUGAGCUUGGACAAGUCAGUCACUUCUGUAAUCCUCAGUUUCCUCAUCUGUAAAAUAAGGAAAUUGAGCUAGUUGGCCUCUGAGGAUCCAUCUAGCUCUCAGGCUAAUUUCCUGAAAUCUUUCUCCCUAAUGUUUCCUGCUAAUUCUCUAUUCCCUGCUUACCUUUUUGGUGCCUGCUAAUGUCCAAGUCUGAUCACUUCAUUCAAACUUAAUAUGUAACCUCCCUGGGAGUGUAAUUUGAAAGAAGGCAAUUGUUAGCCCAAAGGAAUGCAUUUCUAAUAGAAUUUGAGGCACUGGGGACAGAGAUAAAUUUGCACAGAGUUACUCCCAGCAUCCAUGUCAGUAGCCACUAUUCUGUCUAUAUACAAGAUCGUUUAUUAUUCUCUAACUGACUCCCAGAAUGAGCCAGCUGGUUGGCCACGGGAACCCUGAGAUGGAGUUGCAAUGUUUCAGGGCUGCUGACCAAGGGCCAUCUGUCCCAACUCUGGCCCAGGAGGGUUCAGAAUCCAGAUCCAUUAGAGCUCAGCUUCACCAUCCAGAUUUUGGGAGUGGGAAGGGGUUUUCUUAGGUGACUGGGAAUCAGGGAGUAAACAUUUCAAAUCCUACCUCCUUGGAAUGAUGGUUCUGGAGUUUGGCUUCUUUUUCAACUUCUUCUUUCCCCCGACUUGGGGUAAAAAAAAAGCACCUAGAUAUUGAAGAAGUCUGAGAAGUUAUGUAGUCCAUUCAACAGAAAAGGCUAAUCAGGACCAGAUUGGUUAAAAAGCUUGCAAAUGGUCACACAGCACAUUAGGGGAAGAGCCAGGACUAGGACCUGGGAUUUCUGGUUCCUGAUCCAGAAUUAAUUCAAUGCAGCUGACUCUUUUCCCCCCUUUCUUUUUUUUUUUUUUAACUGGAGGUGAGGGAAUAAAGAAUAUGGGGAAGAGGGAGAGGGAAGGUAGCAUUUGCCUUUCCUUGCCACUCAUAGAAGGAAAAUCCAUGUGCUUUCUCCAUCUCCUUUCUCUCCAAGGUUCACCCCAAAUCUCUGUCUCCACCUGCUUCCUUGCAGACGAUCUCAACCUUCUCUCCCCCUUGAGCUUCCCCAUGACUGAGAACCAUAUGACAUGAGGCUCAUCUUUGGUAUUUCCAAGGCAAGAAAUAGAUGUCUGUCUGGUCUCACCCACUCCAGCUGUCUCAAGACCUAGCCACAAAAGCUGGAGAUGACUUCCCACUUCCUCUAAUACAGUCUGGGAUAGUUUAAGCAAUAGUAAGGGGUAGAAGGGGACAUCUUAGGUCGGGGGGGAGGGUGGGUAUAGAGGGACAGGGUUCUCUUAUUUAUUUUUUAACUGCUUUUAGGUUCUUUCCAAGGUGCAAAAAUGCUGCUGUAAGUGUUCUUAGAGGCUUGAUGAUUUCUUAAUCUACAAGACGUUAACUAAAGAGUAAUAAGACUGAUUUUUUUGUUAAAGUAAUAAACACACCAGAAUUUAUCCAUCCAAAUUUGAUUCAAUCCAACUGAAUAGAUAUUUAUUAAAGCCUUUUUGGUGUUGGGGAAGCUAGGUGGAGCAGUGGAUAGAGUGCCAGGCCUGGAGUCAGGAAGACUCCUCUUCCUGAAUUCAAAUCUGGCCUGACAAUUACUAGCUGUGUGACCCUGGUCAAGUCACUUCACCCUGUUUGCCUCAGUUUCCUCAUCUAUAAAAUGAGCCAGAGAAGGAAAUGGCAAGCCAUUGCAGCAUCUCUGCCAAGAAAACACCAAAGGAGGUCAUAAAGAGUCAGACAUGACUGACAACAACAAACUUGGUUGAGCACUGCGCUAGGCGUUUGUGGAAGACAAAGCUUCACUAAGUCCUUGGGUUAUCCCCUUCGAAGUAGUUAGUCCCCCAGGAGGCCACCCACUGCCAUUUCUCCAGCCAUUGUUGGUGCUCCUCUUUGGGACUUGCCGUCCGAGCCAAUAUAUAAGCCAAGAAGAACCUAGUCAUAGAAUCAUACAUUUAGAUCGGGAAGGAAUUUUUGAGCUCAUUUAAGCCAACUCUCUCAUUUAACAGUUGAGGAAACUGAGGUCCAAAGAAUUGAACUGACUUGUCCAAGAUCAUACAAGUAGUGUGCUUAAGUCAGGAUUUGAACCCAGGUCCUCUGAAUACAAAUCCAGUGCUCUUCCCACUGUACCACAGUGCCUCUCAUGACUUUAUAGUCAUCACGUAUGGUGCGAUUUGGGUGGUAUGUAUGUGAGUGUUUUUAAUCCCAAACAAGAUUUCCCAGCCUGAUCCCCAACCUUAAUCACAAGUCUUGGCACUGGGUAGGGGUGGGAACCAUUCUUUUUUAAAAAAAAUACCAGAGGAGAAGGAACGGGAGGAGGAAAGAAGAAAUUUGCCUCCCAUGAGGCUAUGCAAAAGAAUAUGGAGCAAACUCUAAAGGCAGUUUCCAAAGUGGGGCACCUUCUGAGUAGCUCUCCUUAGGUUAAGGAUCAUUCAAUUUAGUUCAAUUUAACAGCUUUAAAGGAGAUUCACUCUGGUGGAUCAAUUCUGGUCUGUUUCUUUAGCCAUCAGCCUCCUUACCUCAUCACCACCAAUCCUAUCUCAUGGUGAAUAUUUGUUUAAAGAGAUAAAAAAGAGAGAGAGAUACACUUUUAAAUAAAUUAUUGCUUUUUAA